AUGAGCUGCCUCAUUCACGGGCUAGUUCUGUUGUUUUUGGUCGACAGAAUCUGGAGUGAAUGCUCGGACGAAGGGAGUAACUGUGUGAGGUUUCAGAACAUGUGUCUGAAUCAGGUCUAUGCCCCGAUCUUGUUGGAAUACUGCCGAAAAACGUGUGAUAACUGCCCCGGAACUUGCAAGGACAACUCGCCGAGGUAAGAGUAUUCUGAAAAUACUAUCAGACACAUGAAAAAGCAAAGAUUACAUUAUGAGAAAUCACGGUAAAAAUGUCAUCAGCCGGGUCUGGUUGAUCUUUUUUUACUCGUCCUUUUUUAAGAACGCCUUUGGUGAGAGAUUUGUCCUCAAUUUUUAGAUGCCGCACGUGGAACAACAACGGAUUCUGCCAGAGCAACUAUUACACUAAAAAUUACAAGGAAUUGUUGUGUUCGAAGACUUGUGGCUUGUGCAAGGGCGGUGACGACGAUUUUGGAAGUGGUAGCGGAAGUGGCACACCAUGA